AUGAACCAGUUACACACUGACGGACUAGAAACAAACGUAACUGCAGAAAUAGCAAAUGAACCAGUCACACACGUAACCUCAGGACUCACAAAUGGGACGAAAUACAACUUCACCCUCUUCACUGUGUCUGAAAACGUCAGAAGCAGUGGAGUGAGCAUCUCUGCAUUCACUGCUCCUCCUAAUGCAGAGGACUUUAAAUCAGUGGGACAAAAUGAGACCAGUGUCACCCUGCAGUGGAAAAAAGUGGAAAACAUCCUCACGUAUGUUCUUGUGUCCAGUGACGGACUAGAAACAAACGUCACUGCAGAAAUAGCAAAUGAACCAGUUACACACGUAACAUCAGGACUCACAAAUGGGACAAGAUACAACUUCACUCUCUUCACCGUGUCUGAAAACGUCAGAAGCAGUGGAGUGAGCAUCUCUUCAUUCACUGCUCCUCCUAAUGCAGAGGACUUUAAAUCAGUGGGACAAAAUGAGACCAGUGUCACCCUGCAGUGGAAAAAAGUGGAAAACAUCCUCACAUAUGUACUUGUGUCCAGUGACGGACUAGACACAAACGUCACUGCAGUAAUGGGAAAUGAACCAGUUAGACAUGUAACCUCAGGACUCACAAAUGGGACAAGAUACAACUUCACUCUCUUCACCGUGUCUGCAAACGUCAGAAGCAGUGGAGUGAGCAUCUCUGCAUUCACUGCUCCUGCUAAUGCAGAGGACUUUAAAUCAGUGGGACAAAAUGAGACCAGUAUCACCCUGCAGUGGAAAAAAGUGGAAAACAUCCUCACAUAUGUACUUGUGUCCAGUGACGGACUAGAAACAAACGUCACUGCAGAAAUAGCAAAUGAACCAGUUACACACGUAACAUCAGGACUCACAAAUGGGACAAGAUACAACUUCACUCUCUUUACCGUGUCUGAAAACGUCAGAAGCAGUGGAGUGAGCAUCUCUUCAUUCACUGCUCCUCCUAAUGCAGAGGACUUUAAAUCAGUGGGACAAAAUGAGACCAGUGUCACCCUGCAGUGGAAAAAAGUGGAAAACAUCCUCACAUAUGUACUUGUGUCCAGUGACGGACUAGAAACAAACGUAACUGCAGAAAUAGCAAAUGAACCAGUCACACACGUAACCUCAGGACUCACAAAUGGGACGAAAUACAACUUCACCCUCUUCACUGUGUCUGAAAACGUCAGAAGCAGUGGAGUGAGCAUCUCUGCAUUCACUGCUCCUCGUAAUGCAGAGGACUUUAAAUCAGUGGGACAAAAUGAGACCAGUGUCACCCUGCAGUGGAAAAAAGUGGAAAACAUCCUCACGUAUGUUCUUGUGUCCAGUGACGGACUAGAAACAAACGUCACUGCAGAAAUAGCAAAUGAACCAGUUACACACGUAACAUCAGGACUCACAAAUGGGACAAGAUACAACUUCACUCUCUUCACCGUGUCUGAAAACGUCAGAAGCAGUGGAGUGAGCAUCUCUUCAUUCACUGCUCCUCCUAAUGCAGAGGACUUUAAAUCAGUGGGACAAAAUGAGACCAGUGUCACCCUGCAGUGGAAAAAAGUGGAAAACAUCCUCACAUAUGUACUUGUGUCCAGUGACGGACUGGACACAAACGUCACUGCAGAAAUAGCAAAUGAACCAGUUAGACACGUAACAUCAGGACUCACAAAUGGGUCGAAAUACAACUUCACCCUCUUCACUGUGUUUGCAAAAGUCAGAAGCAGUGGAGUGAGCAUCUCUGCAUUCACUGCUCCUCCUAAUGCAGAGGAGUUUAAAUCAGUGGGACAAAAUGAGACCAGUGUCACCCUGCAGUGGAAAAAAGUGGAAAACAUCCUCACAUAUGUUCUUGUGUCCAGUGACGGACUGGACACAAACGUCACUGCAGUAAUGGGAAAUGAACCAGUUAGACAUGUAACCUCAGGACUCACAAAUGGGACAAGAUACAACUUCACUCUCUUCACCGUGUCUGCAAACGUCAGAAGCAGUGGAGUGAGCAUCUCUGCA